AUGUUUCCACACUACCAUGCCUACGAGGACCACGUAUCCGAAUCUUCGCCUACGAUCCGAAAGAUCACCAUGCUUUAUGGUAAUAGAACAGUCUAUGAUAGGGCACUUAAGACACACGAGGCACAUUCCCGGAAAUUUGGGUACCCCAUGACUGUCUUGCGCAAGCCCAUCCUUGGAGGCCUUUGGACCAAACCUGCUAUCAUUCUAUCCACCCUCAUAGAGGAAAUGGAAAAACCAGAAGAACAACGAGCGCAAUGGCUAUUCUGGUUUGAUGCCGACACCAUCCUUAUGAAUCCGAAUAUACCCCUCGAGACUUUUCUCCCUCCGCCUCAAUUUCCCGAUACUCACCUUCUCCUCACCAAAGACUGGAAUGGCAUGAACAAUGGAGUAUUCUUUCUCCGCGUCCAUCCAUGGUCGAUCGAAUUUCUUUCCGCCGUCGUUUCCUAUCCAGUUGUACAUCCUGACGCCCACCUCUUAUGGGAGGAUCAAUCCGUCAUGAACCGCCUCAAAAAGGAACAUGAGCACUUUGCCCGUUCCAUGAUCUAUUGCCCUCUGCGCUGGUUCAACGCAUACAGAAGAAACCAGAACGCGACCGGUAUCAACCCUAAAAAGCCCACACAUUUCCAGGUACAUCCGGGAGACAUCAUUGUCCAUUUUGCGGGAACGCCCGCCAACGACCUGGAAAGUACUAUGAUGCCUUAUCUUGAAGUUGCUGAGUCUCAUAGCCCGGAGUGGGAGUUACCGCUCGAACAGACUGGAUAUCAAAGAGAAAUAACGGAGUUUUGGGAGGAGAAAUUCGAGUCUUGA